AGUCUGGAUUGUCAACCAAAACAAAAACAGUUUUUCUGUUUGAUUAGUUAACACUGAAGUCUUCAUACAGUACCAUUCAGGAGACUGUAAGGUAACUUUUUAAAGUUAAUGCUCGUGAUUUGUUGGCCACGACCGGUAACCACAUACAGACAGGAACUCUGGAACUCCCAUAUUAUUGGUAGCAGAGAUGAACUGGAUGUACCUUCAGGCCCUGUUGGGUGGAGUUAGCAAAUACUCCACGGUGUUUGGUCGUGUCUGGCUAUCAGUGGUCUUCACAUUCAGAGUCAUGGUGUUUGUGGUGGCCGUUCAGUCAGCGUGGGGCGAUGAAACCAAAGACUUUGUCUGCAACACGGCCCAGCCGGGCUGUACCAACGUCUGCUUUGACCAAUAUUUCCCCAUCUCUCAUAUCCGCUUAUGGUCUCUUCAAUUGAUUUUCAUCACGUGUCCAUCUCUAAUGGUCGUGGCUCAUGUCAAGUAUCGUGAAAUGAAGGAUCAGCAAUUUACUACACUCCACAAAGAUGAACACCUGUACGUGAACCCAGGGAGGAAGCGUGGAGGACUGUGGUAUACCUACAUACUCAGUCUGGUGUUCAAAGCAGGCUUUGAUUCAGGCUUCCUCUACAUUUUGUAUGUAAUUUAUGGUUUCGAUAUGCCAAGGAUGUUCAAAUGCAGUCAGGAACCUUGUCCAAAUGUAGUCGAUUGCUACAUAACCCGUCCUACAGAAAAGAAAAUCUUCACCAUUUUUAUGGUGGUCUCCUCUGCUGUGUGCAUCUUCAUGUGUAUUUGUGAGAUGAUCUACCUGAUUGUCAAAAAAGUUCACAAGUUCUUGCUCAAACAGCAUCAAAUAAGUGAGGCCAAAUAUUCCAAAACAUCAUAUAGGAGGAUAGACCCAACAGCCUCAUCCACACAAAACCUCAGUAAUAUUGAAAAGGCAAAGGCCUCUGCACAGGAUAUCAAGACAUCAGAACUGGCCUAAAUGUGGUCAUACCAAACAUGAAAAACAGGCAAAAGACACUUAAGACCAUGAGCAAAGUUUCCACCAGUGUUGGGGGUAACGCAUUACAAGUAACGUACAUUACGUAAUAAUAUUACUUUUCUGAAGUAACAAGUAAAGAAACGCAUUACUUUAUAAAUACACACAUUAAUAAUUGAGUUAAAAAGUAGUGCAAGUUACUUUUUAGUUUAAUUAAAUAUUUUUAAAAAAAUAAUAAUUUACUGAACAAUAUGCAUGUGCGCCCGAGCGGGAAUAGUUUGAGUCAGAAACAGAGAUGACAGGCCAAAGCUUAGCCGAAGCGGAGUUAUCAGAAUUUAAUGCAUACCCACGGAACAUUUCUCAGCCAAUCAAAAUACAGCAUUCAACAGACCCGUGGUAUAAUUUUAAAAGUAACUAUCCCCAACACUGGUUUCCACACUGUAUAUGCACACCAAGGAAUGUUUUUGAGAAUUAUUUCUGUAAAUAAUAAAAAUACUGAAAUUUUUUAACAAAUAAUAUGAUUUUAAACAUGUUUAUGCCAGAAAUGUAAGAGUAGCCUACAUGGAAGUCCUUUAGUUUAGAGAAAAUAAAGCCUCUUGGAGAACAACGUGAUUGGAGCAGACAUCAGUAAACAUCCUGUCAUGACCUAAUAAAUGACUGUGUUCACACUCAGAUUGUACAAUAACAAACAGAUACUAUUCAAACAUGGACAGAGCUCACAUUGAAAAGUGUUAUAUAUUAUACUCUCUAUAGUAUCUAUUUGAUGUAUAUGAUUUGCACAACGUAUACCCUGUAUGUAUUUAUGUUUGCACUAUAUAUAAACAAUGUUUA